AUGACCCAACUCGCGAGUGCGCGGGUGACGGGUGCACAGCAGGUGCACGACAAGGUGCCUGCCAAGGUGCACGACGACAAGGUGCGCGACAAGGCACGACACGGCGGCACGCGGCGUGGGCGGCGCGGCGCGGCGCGGGACAAACAUGCACACGGCACGACACGACAUUCCAGUCUGGAGCGAGAGGAGAACACGCGCGCAGAAGGGCACGGCGACGUGUUCGGAAGUGGAGCCCAGGUGCCACCCCACGCAGGUGCCAUCCCCACCCGUGCAAAGGUGACGCGGCAACGACGACCACGUGGCGGGAUGCGACGACGAGGCGACGCGGAGGGGUGA